GCGGCGGGAGAGGCUCCGUGUCCGGGCGGGCGCGCCGGGGCCGGCCGGCGGCGGGCCUGGCUGCGCGGUGUGUGCGAGGGGACGGGUAGCGCAUCCCUGCCCUGCCGGGGCUCCGCGGCUCCGGAGAGCGGCAGCCACAGGUUAAUUGGAGCCCGCGCAGAUCACCCAGAAGACACAAUGAGCGUUAAAGCUUUCAAGCUCGUUUCUGCUGUUGAGCGGGAGAUGUUAAUGGGAGACAAAAAUUAUAUCAACAUCGAGUGCAUUGAGUGUUGUGGGAAGAACCUCUAUAUUGGAACCAAUGACUGCUUUAUCUAUCACUUUCUGCUGGAUGAAAAGGUAUCCACAGCUGGAAAAAUAACUUUUGCUGCCACCAAGCAACUACACAAAUACCUGGGUUUGAAGAAGCCUGUGAGCGAGUUGAAAGCAGCCUCUGCCCUCACGAGACUGCUUGUGCUUUGUGACAACACGAUAACACUAGUGAACAUGAUCAACUUGGAACCUGUCCCCACUGGUGCUAGGAUCAAAGGAGCUGUGACAUUCACACUGAAUGAAAACCCUGUGAGUGGGGAUCCUUUCUGCGUUGAAGUUUGCAUUAUCUCGGUCAAGCGUCGCACCAUUCAAAUGUUCAUGGUGUUUGAAGACAGAGUCCAGAUAGUGAAGGAAGUGUUUACUCCAGAGCAACCCUGUGCUGUGGCUGUAGAUGGUUACUACUUAUGCCUUGCCCUUACUACACAGUAUAUAAUUUUGAAUUACAAUACUGGCGUCUCCCAGGACCUAUUUCCUUAUUGCAGUGAUGAGAAACGGCCAAUUGUGAAAAGAAUAGGCAGACAAGAGUUUCUGUUGGCUGGCCCUGGAGGCCUAGGCAUGUUUGCUACUGUAGAUGGGAUUUCACAGCGUGCCCCAGUGCACUGGUCAGAGAACGUGAUUGGGGCAGCUUUGUGCUUUCCUUACGUGGUUGCUCUUGAUGAUGAGUUCAUUACGGUGCACAGCAUGCUGGACCAGCAGCAAAAGCAAACCCUGCCUUUUAAAGAAGGUCACAUUCUACAGGACUUUGAAGGAAAGGUGAUUGUUGCUACUAACAAGGGUGUAUAUAUCUUGGUGCCACUACCUUUGGAAAAACAGAUUCAGGAUCUUCUAGCUAGCCACAGAGUGGAAGAAGCCCUUGUUCUAGCAAAAGGAGCUCGAAGGAAUAUUCCAAAAGAGAAAUUUCAGGUAAUGUACAAACGAAUCCUGCAGCAAGCAGGUUUUAUACAGUUUGCACAGCUUCAGUUCCUUGAAGCAAAAGAACUCUUCAGAAGCGGCCAGCUUGAUGUCCGGGAGCUGAUCUCUCUGUACCCCUUCCUGUUGCCUACUUCCUCUUCAUUUAUCCGGACUCAUCCUCCUCUGCACGAGUACGCCGACCUGAACCAGCUGACCCAAGGGGACCAGGAGAAGAUGACAAAAUGCAAACGAUUCCUCAUGAGUUACUUGAAUGAAGUCCGCAGCACUGAGGUUGCAAACGGAUACAAGGAGGAUAUUGACACUGCUUUACUCAAACUGUAUGCAGAGGCAAAUCAUGAAAGCCUGCUGGAUCUCCUAGUUUCAGAGAACUUCUGUCUUUUAACAGAUAGUGCUGCCUGGCUGGAAAAACACAAAAAGUAUUUUGCUCUUGGUCUCCUGUAUCACUACAAUGGUCAGGAUGCUGCAGCACUUCAGUUAUGGGUGAAAAUAGUUGAUGGAGACAUUCAAGAUUCUACACGUUCAGAUCUCUAUGACUACAUAGUAGACUUCCUUACAUUCUGCUCAGACCAAGAGCUGGUGUGGAAGUAUUCUGAAUGGAUUUUACAAAAAAAUGAAGAGGUUGGUGUACAGAUUUUCACCAAAAGGCCUUUGGAAGAACAGGAGAAAAACAACUUUAAUCCAGAUGAUAUCAUCAGUUGCCUUAACAAAUAUCCUAAAGCACGUGUCAAAUAUCUAGAACAUCUAGUACUGGAAAGAAAAAUACAGAAAGAAAAGUACCAUACUCAUCUAGCUGUCUUGUACUUGGAGGCAAUACUUCAGCUAAAAUCUGAGACCACAGAUAAUUGUACAGAAACAACUGAACUGCUGUUGAAACUUCGCAGUCUGCUUCAGAAAUCUGAUCUUUAUAGAAUUCGCUUUAUUUUAGACAAAAUCCAGGGCACAGACCUUCACAUGGAGAGUGCAAUUUUAUAUGGGAAACUAGAAGAACACGAGAAGGCUUUGCAUAUCCUCGUCCAUGAGUUGAAGGACUUCCAUGCUGCUGAAGAGUACUGUGUGUGGAACUCUGAGAACAGAGACUUGCAGUACAGGCGGAGGCUUUUCCAUAUGCUGCUGUCAGUGUAUUUAACUCCAGGCACUUCGGACUGUGCGCUCGUCAUGGCUGCUGUGGAUCUCCUGAACAACCACGCUGCGGAAUUUGAUGCAGGUCUGGUUCUGCAGGUGGUGCCCGACAGCUGGUCAGUGCAGCUCCUCUCCCCUUUCCUGGCUGGAGCAGUGAGACAAAGCAUUCACACAAAAAGAAUGACUCAGGUGGCACUUGGGUUAGCACAAGCUGAAAACUUAAUCUACAAGCAUGAGAAGGUUAAACAAAAAGGAGCCCCGAUUCUUCUUUCAGACAAAAAGGUGUGUCAGGUGUGCCAAAAUCCUUUCUGCGAGCCUGUGUUUGUAAGAUACCCCAAUGGGAGUGUGGCCCACACGCACUGUGCUGCAAACAGGCAUCCCAAUUCCAAUGUGACUCAUCAUUCUCCCAGCUCCAGCAAUCAGACUUGAAAUAUUCCCACAGUUCCCAUGACUUAUACCCCAUCGAAAGUGGGCUGGAAAGAAAACAGUGCAGCUACUUUAAGUAUAAAUCAAGGUGGACAGCUAGUUUUUGGGCUUAUGGGAAGACUUCCAGUAAAUAUAAAAUACUGCUACUUAUCUUUUUGAUUUCUAAUGAAUGUAGAUAGAAAAGAAAAUUCACUACCACACAUGGAGAGGUGCAAAUAUGGGCUCUUCUGUGAAUAGGAGUAAACACUUAAGAAAAAAGGAGCCUUUUCUUCACAGUGAGGAUGAAUGUUACGGAGUGAAGGCAAACAGUCAUUUUAAGAAUUGUCACUUUGCACUAACUGUGGUGUUGAUAAAUUUGUGGAGGGCAAGAUCGCAUUUAUUGGAGUUGGAAUUCCUAAAGAGUGAUGGGACAAGAUUGGCAUCGUGCAGCUUACUAUGAAGACAGAGAUGUGCAUCGAUUUUAGUGCUUGCUGCAGCAUGUCUUUUGGGCUGGAUUAUCUUCCACAGGAUCACAUUAUCAACUUCAUUUUUUUUCCUCUACAAAAUGUUGGCUUUUGAUGCACUUUUUAAUACCUCCCUCCCAUCCACCUGCUAUAUGGAAUUUAAAUGUAAGCACUGUUCUGUUAGGUUUCUGCUCCUGCAGUUACUGUAAUGUACUGAGUGGAAACCAAUAACCUCAAUCACACAGGUGAGCUUGGAAGAAAAAAGAAAGUUUGUCUGGUCAGACUGUAGUCACUUUUAUAUGGGGGAAGAGGCCCUGACUUUAAUACUGAUUUAUUUAUUAAUAUGCAAAUAUGCUGUACAUACAGUUGAAUAAAUUGAUCUUAUCAUUCUAGCAUUUCUUUGGAGGAUUAAGAUGUAACUGAUACAUAAAUGUACAGAUGAUGUGCUAAAUGUUUGCUAUAACAUAACUUAGGCAGGUUGGAACUCCACAAAAAUGGGUUUUAGUGCUUAUGGAUGACUUUGUGCAAUCAAAACCAUAGAGAGAAGGCAUAAAAUUUUAAGAAAUCUACAAAAGUGCACUACAGGGGUACUGGGUUUUUUAUAUUCUACUAAAUAUUCUGUGAACUAAAAUUUUUCAAAUAACAUAAACCCCUUACUUAACUGCCCUCAUAUGUAUUCACAUUGUUAUUUAACCAUUUUAAAGAAGUUGAUUUAAAAUAUGUAGCUUCCCCCAAGAGAGGUUAAAAAAUGACAACUUUAAAUAAACUUAAGUACUGCAAAGUGAAAGCAUUUCUUUGAAUUCUGUAAAGAUCUAAUAAAUACCAGGCUUACUGACCUGCAUGCAGUUGAGUUGGUAUGGCUGCUCCCUGUUUCAGAAUUCCAAAUCAGUGGUGGCUUUCAGCAAAAUGGAGUAUCUGCUUGGUCCUUUCUAGAAUCACAGAACAAUCUGAGUUGGAAGGGAUGAAUCAGGAUCAUGGAGUCCAGGUCCUGGCCCUACACAGGACAACCCGGAGUCACACCGUGUCCCUCAGUGUUGUCCUGAUGCAGCCUCCUUGUACAGAAAGGCUGGCUUAGGAAGUACAGUGCUGCCUCCAAGAAGGGGCAGCCAGACCUCAUCCAGGGGAAGAAGAUAUCCAUCUCUUCUCACAGAAACAUGCAAUGGUUUGGGGUGAAAGGGACCUUAAAGAUCAUCUAUUCCAACGCCCCUGCCAUAGGCAGGGAUAUCUUCCACUAGACCAGGUUCUUCAAAGCCUCAUCCAAUCUGGCCUUGAACAUUUCCAAAGAUGGGUUGUCUACAACUUCCCUGAGCAACCUGUGCCUCACCACCCUCACAGUAGAGAAUUUUUUCCUGAUAUCUGAUCUGAACUUGCCCUCCUUCAGCCUAAGCCAUUCCCCUUUGCCCUAUUGCUACAUGCAAAGUCCCUCUUCAGCUCCCUUGCUGUCUCCCUUCAGGUUCUGGAAGGUGCUAUAAAGUCUUCCAAGAGCCUCUCUCCAGGCUGAAGAACCCCAGCUCUCAACCUGUGUUCCAGGAGAGGUGCUCCAGCCCUGUGAUCAUCACUGAGGCUUUACUCUCAACUCAUUCCAACAGUUCAACAUCUUUCUUGUAUUGUGGGUCCCUGAGCCAUACUCGAGGUGUGGAGUACUUUGCUUUAAAGCAAAGACCUUUGAAUCUUUCUCCUGAUUUUGAAAUUAGGAAAGUAUAACUGUUGUGCUGAAUUUUACUUACUUUUGAAAGCCCGAGUAAGGAAUUUUGUAGUGCUUUGUCCUAAGACAUGCAAGUCACAUUUAGUGAGAGGCACUUCAGAAGAAGUCAAGUGUGGGCAUUUCUGACUGUUCUGGCAUGAGUGACUCUGCUGUGGCACUGGUAUAAGCAGAGUCUCUGUCUUGUAUCAUGGGGUUUGAACAUUGUGUCUACAACUGGCAGUAAUGGCAUAGAAAAAUUUGUAGUCCCCUGUCCUCAAAAUACUUGCUGAUAAGAGUGGAAGUGACUUUUACAAAGACCCUAUAAAACUUUUGUGUGCACUAGCAUGCAUUUCUUAAGAAAUACUUUCUUUUGCUGCCAGCAUCCUAAGUAUGCUCUUUUUUCCUA